GUUCCUCAUAGAUAAUUUGCUUAUCUUGAACAUUUUAUGAAAUCAUGGAGAUGUCUGAUGGAAAGACUGUAAAACUGUUUCAAUGUAUGGUUUAUGCAAAGGAAAUCACCUUGCUUUUGUUUAUUAUCUAACUUUUGCCUCUUACUACUUUGUUAUAAACCUUUUCCCUGUUUCAGAGACGCCCGGAACAGCAGAGUUGCUCUGUUUGACGGCAUUAAGGAGGGAGGCAUCCGAGCAUCAUCACUUUACUCCUCCUAUAAUGAAAUUGAUGAACAAGAUAACGAGCGAGCAAUGGGUGGAUUGCAAGAUAGAGUCAGUUUGUUGAAAAGAAUCUCAAGUGAUAUACACGAGGAGGUGGAUAGUCAUAACCGGAUGCUGGACCGCAUGGGGAAUGACAUGGAUUCUUCAAGAGGAGUUCUUUCAGGAACUAUGGACAAAUUCAAAAUGGUAUGUGGAUUGUGGAAUUGUAAAACCAUAUGGCUUUUGCAGUAGAGUUUUCAUCUGGUUCUGAUUUUUCUUUGUAUUUGUUUUCUUCUCUACUUUUUUUCCCCACUCUUUUAAUUAUGUUGUACCUUCUUUCAGGUCUUUGAGAAAAAAAUACAGCCGAAGAACGUUUUCACUUAUAGCAUCCUUUGUUGUGCUUUUCCUUAUAACAUACUUUUUAUGUUGUAAUUCAGGCCCGUGAAUUCCUUUCCAAAUGGGGUGAUCUCAGCCAGACCCAAAUUUUUGCUAAGAAUGAAAUGUUGAGGGCUUGACCCAUUUUGAUGAGAUUCUAUGAGAAGCUGAUGGUAUUAUCCAAUCUCGUGGUAAUUUGGGCAUUGAUCUUCCACCAGAUAAGGUGUUCUUAUUUCGAAAAUCUGCCCUAUACAAGUGUAAUAUGGCUGGAAAACCUGCUGUACUUACAUGUGUUGUGGAUAGUAUGACUGACAACUUAAGACCCACUCGUGCUGAAGCCACUGAUGUUGCCAAUGCUGUUUUGGAUGGCAGUGAUGCAAUACUUCUGGGUGCUGAGACCUUGCGUGGGUUGUACCCUAUUGAGACUAUUUCCACUUUUGGCGGAAUUUGUUCAGAGGCUGAGAAGGUUUUCAAUCAAGACCUCUAUU